GUCGAUAUUACUACCUUUCAUGCAUUGUCACGGCAUAUAUAUACGACAUCAACCCGACACAACGAAGGAAGUGCACCAUAAAACAUAGACGCAUGCAGGACUGAAACUCUUACGUGCGUUAAUGAUGCCCGGGAUGAUUGUUUGAUAUAAUAUUACAGUUCUUCGGUGUUACUUACUUCAAUGAUCGACACACACAUGGCUCGGCGCUACCACAUCAAGCCUUUAAGGCACAACUUUCAGGUUUAUAACAGAUCCUCAUUCCACUCUGAGAACAUCAGUAUGUUAGUCAUCCUGACUAUAGCAACGAUAACAGUCUGCACAAUAACAUAUUUCACGGCAAAUGCCAGAGAAUUAAUGGAGACGCGUGCUCGACCAGUCGGUACAUCAAGAUUAGCGAAACCACCUAAGACGCCACCGCCUGCUGAACCCAUGUCCAACCAUAAAUCUAACAGUCAUUUCACCCGCAACCUGUGGAAUUUCGUGGCGAAUGAAGCAGAGAAACUCUUUCUAUACCAACACUUCCUAGAAACACCGUGGAAACCAAAUACAACCAAUCAACAAAUGUGGAGAUCCGAGUGGAACGAAUUGGCAAGUAACCUCACUGCUGAUAAAGAUUUCAUCUUGACACAACAAAAUGUAAAAGAGAACGAUUCGCUAACGUAUAGCUUGUAUCGGAAAGUCAAAGGAAAACCAAUGAAGCAGUUCAAAGUCACCAAGAAAUUGAUGGACAAUCUUCCUAAUGCUUCGCCGUUGGAUGGUAGUCAUUUUGGUCGGUGUAGUGUAGUAGGGAAUAGCGGUAUUCUACUCGACAGUGACUGUGGAAAACAGAUUGAUCAGUCAGAUUAUGUAUUCAGGUGUAACACUGCCCCGUUGGAGCCUUUUAGAUGUGAUGCUGGAAUGAAGAGCAACUUAACAACGAUGAAUCCAAGUAUCAUUGAGAGAAGAUUCAAUUGUCUAAAAAAGGAAGAAAACAUAUCUUCGUUUGCCAAGGCGAUUUCCCAAUACAAUGAUGACAUCUGGUUGCCUUGUUUCGGUAUCCAGAGUCACACCCAAACAUGCUUAAAAUCACUGGAUGUAUACGAGGGACUCAACCCUAGACUACUCGUGGCUAAUCCAGCUCAUUUUCGUCUCGUAUGGGAUUUCUGGAGGGAAAGAAAGUUCGGAACUGAACCACUUUCUACCGGUUUCUAUCUGGUGCAUGUAGCACUGAGUGUAUGUGAAGAAAUACAUUUAUAUGGAUUCUGGCCUUUCUCAGCUCAACUGGACCCAUCUCCAGGGCAGGUUCAUGACAUACCCUAUCACUACUUUGAUAAUCUGAAAGUCACCAAGAAUCACAACAUGAACAAAGAAUUCCAGAUUCUUCUACAAAUGCACAAACACGGUCUUCUACAAAUGCAUGCUGGAAAAUGUUCGUGAAAUAACAUGAAUGUGGUGGUGGUGGUUAUUUUACCUGACUGCUAAGAAAGCAUAAAUGCUUGUAAGUAAGCAACCAGACGGCCGACGGCUUUAGGUCCUCUCCG